AUGUCAGAUUCCAACACAACUGACUUCAACAACCCCUCCACCUUCAUCCUACUGGGAAUUCCUGGCCUGGAAGUGGCCCAUGUCUGGAUCUCCAUCCCCUUCUUCACCAUGUACGCCAUAGCCAUCUUGGGGAACUUCACCAUCCUGUUCAUUGUGAGGAUAGAGCCGAGCCUCCAUGGGCCCAUGUACUAUUUCCUCUGCAUGCUGGCCGUCACCGACCUGGUCCUGUCCAAGACCACUGUUCCCAAAACACUGAGCAUCUUCUGGCUCUAUUCCAGGGAGAUCAAUUUCAGUGCCUGUCUCAUGCAGAUAUACUUCAUUCACUGCUUCUCAGCAAUGAAAUCUGGGAUCUUUGUGGCCAUGGCUUUGGAUAGGUAUGUAGCCAUCUGCGAUCCCCUGAGACAUUCCAGCACCCUGACAAACCCCAUGGUGGCCAAAAUCAGUCUCACUGUAGUACUACGCAGCAGCUUACUCGUACUACCCAAUCCCUUCCUGGUGUGGCGGUGUUCCUAUUACAGAACUAACAUCAUCCCCCAUACCUACUGCGAUCACAUAGCUGUGGUCAAGUUGGCCUGUGCUGACAUUAGUGCCAGUAAUUACUAUGGCCUGUCUUUGGUAUUCUUCACCGCAGGUCUGGAUGUGUUUUUUAUUACUGUGUCCUAUACUCAAAUUCUCAGGGUUAUCAUAGCCUUUUACAUCCCCGGUCUCUUCUCCAUCCUGACACACCAAUUUGGCCACAAUGUGGCCCCACAUUUCCAUGUUCUCAUUGCCAAUAUGUACCUCCUGGUGCCCCUCAUGCUGAACCCCAUCAUAUACGGGGUGAGGACCAAACAGAUACAGAACAGGCUGCUCUGGAUCUUUGCUCAUAAAGGGACUUAA